GCGGCCGCCGGCCCGCUCCCAUAGCCCUGCCGGCAGCGCGGCGGCUGGCGGGGCCCCUCGGGAAGUUUGAUGGCUUCUUUGAGGAGAGUCAAAGUCUUGCUGGUGUUAAACCUGAUCGCCGUGGCUGGCUUCGUCCUCUUCCUGGCCAAGUGCAGACCCAUCACGACCAAGAGCGGCGACUCCUACCAUGACAUCCAUCCCAGGGCAGAAGUGGCCAACUUGACAGCCCACGGCAUCAGCUCCAUCCAGGAUGCAGUGCUGAAGAGGCUCUCGCUCCUAGAAGACAUAGUCUACAGGCAGCUGAAUGGUCUCUCCAAGUCCCUUGGUCUCAUUGAGGGCUAUGGUGGCCGUGGCAAGGGUGGCCUCCCAGCCACCCUGUCCCCCGAGGAGGAGGAGAAAGCCAAGGGACCCCACGAGAAGUAUGGCUACAACUCCUACCUCAGUGAGAAGAUUUCCCUGGAUCGUUCCAUCCCGGAUUAUCGCCCCACCAAGUGCAAAGAGCUGAAAUACGGGAAGGACCUGCCCCAGAUCUCCAUCAUCUUCAUCUUUGUGAACGAGGCGCUGUCGGUGAUCCUGCGCUCGGUGCACAGUGCUGUCAACCACACGCCUGCCCCCCUGCUCAAGGAGAUCAUCCUCGUGGACGACAACAGCGACGAGGAGGAGCUGAAGGCGCCGCUGGAGGAGUACGUCAACAAACGCUACCCGGGGCUGGUCAAGGUGGUGAGGAACCAGAAGAGGGAAGGGCUGAUCCGGGCCCGCAUCGAGGGCUGGAAGGCUGCCACGGGCCAGGUCACCGGCUUCUUUGAUGCCCACGUGGAGUUCACUGCUGGCUGGGCGGAGCCGGUGCUGUCCCGGAUCCAGGAGAACAGGAAGAGGGUGAUCCUGCCCUCCAUUGACAACAUCAAGCAGGACAACUUCGAGGUGCAGCGCUACGAGAACUCGGCCCACGGCUACAGCUGGGAGCUGUGGUGCAUGUACAUCAGCCCCCCCAAGGACUGGUGGGACGCCGGGGACCCCUCCCUGCCCAUCAGGACCCCGGCCAUGAUCGGCUGCUCCUUCGUGGUCAACAGGAAGUUCUUCGGGGAGAUCGGGCUGCUGGACCCCGGCAUGGACGUGUACGGAGGGGAGAACAUCGAGCUGGGCAUCAAGGUGUGGCUGUGUGGGGGCAGCAUGGAGGUGCUGCCCUGCUCCAGGGUGGCCCACAUCGAGCGCAAGAAGAAGCCCUACAACAACAACAUCGGCUUCUACACCAAGCGCAACGCGCUGCGCGUGGCCGAGGUCUGGAUGGACGACUACAAGUGGCACGUCUACAUCGCCUGGAACCUGCCCCUGGAGAAUCCAGGGAUUGACAUUGGGGAUGUUUCUGAGAGGAAAGCCUUGAGGAAGAGCCUGAAGUGUAAAAAUUUCCAGUGGUACCUGGACCAUGUUUAUCCAGAAAUGAGGAGAUACAACAACACCAUUGCUUAUGGAGAGCUGCGGAACAACAAGGCCAAGGACGUGUGCCUGGACCAGGGCCCGCAGGAGAACCACACAGCAAUACUGUACCCGUGCCAUGGCUGGGGCCCACAGCUGGCUCGCUACACCAAGGAGGGCUUCCUGCACCUGGGGGCCCUGGGCACCACCACGCUGCUGCCCGACACGCGCUGCCUGGUGGACACGGGCAAGAGCCGCUUCCCGCAGCUGCUGGACUGUGACAAGGUCAAGAGCAGCCUCCACAAGCGCUGGAACUUCAUCCAGAACGGAGCCAUCCUGAACAAGGGCACGGGCCGGUGCCUGGAGGUGGAGAACAGGGGCAUGGCUGGCAUUGACCUGAUCCUCCGCAGCUGCACGGGGCAGAGGUGGACAAUUAAAAACCUCAUCAAGUAGAGGCUGAAAGAGUCAGGGAAGUCUGACUUGAGCCACGGCUGAGGGAACUGAUCUGCCUGGACUCCUUUGGAAAGGAUGGAAUAUCAACCAGAGCUUUCUUCGUGUUCCUGGGAGAGGACCUGGGGGAGAUGGGCAUCUGUGGCUUUGCUUUUACCACAUGUGAGUCUCCCCCAGCUGAUCCCAGCUGUGUGGGGCUGCCUCAGAACUGCUGCUCCCUCUGGCCAGCUCUCCAAGAGGUGCCACAUUCCCUGCUGGAGCAGUCUGGGAGCUUUUACUGACAGGGAACUUCUGCUUUCCCACACAACUCCAAGCUCUCCCAAAGGGCUGGGGAGGUUUGUACCAUGACCCUGGACAGACCUGCCUGGCAAGUGUGGAAACUGAGAAGCUUGGGAGAGGAAAACGUUCCCAAGCCCCAACGGAGGCGACUUUGAAGGAUGUGAUGUUUUGCUGAGUCCUUGUUCCCUUUUCCCUUUCUUGCCCCUGCAUCCAGCAGCCCCUUCCCUGAGUUUUGGAGAAGCAAAACAUGCCCCAGCAGCUCCCAGGGAUCUUUCCAACCUCUGAUCACAGAAGUUACCCAAAAGAAUGCAGUGUAACAAACCCCCUGACCUCCCCUUGCCCCCUCUCCAUCACCCACACGCUGCUGGCCAAGCCAGCACCUCCCUCCAUAGAAACCCCAAAGGGGUUCCCUUGGGCAUGGCCUGGGAUGUCUGCCUGCCCUUCUGGGUGACAGCAGGGAUGUGCUCAGAGGCUUGAGCACCCCUGUCCUGCCUGCUCAGGCCUGGCCAAGGUCCCCAGAGUCACUGCAGCCCUUCCUGGGCUGUGGAAGGGACAGGGAGGGAGGCCAAGGCACCAACAAAUGGCAGCUUGGCUGAAAUUCUUGGCCCUGAAGCCACUUCAGGCUUGUUGCUCUGGUGGAGGGAUCUCACCUGAUUUAUUUUUGGCUCACAGUAAUCCUGGCUACCAAAUCUUGGCUGCCAAAUCCACCUGGGAGUCCUCUGCUUGGGGCCCUGACGUGUGGCUGCCAGGAGAAGGGAGAGAGGAUCCUGCAGAAUUGCUGGACGUGGGUGGACACAGGCUUUGCUCAGCAGGGAGGAGAAACCAGCCCAUCUCCUGUCCUUCUCCCAGAAUAAUCCUCUUUGUGGCUGCCCUCUGGCUAGGGUGCACUAAAAUAGAUUAAUAUAUGAGAUGGAUGUGUAAAUAUGUUUCCCAAGCUGGGAUGUGCACAGAGUCCUUUGCUGCAGAGCACUCAUGCCUGUCUUCCAUUUGCAUCAGGAUGAAGCUCCCUGGAUGUUUAACGAGCUCAAUUUCCAAUGCCAUGCAGCAGGUUUAUAACUGAUGUUUUAGUAAUUUAUUGAACAGAAGCAGAUCUAUUUCAUUGUUCCUUCUACAGCAACUAGCAUCACCUAGGACUGAUUGUUCAUUUAGGCUUUACAAGGCUCCCUCAACCACUGGGGCUGUCUCUGGUUUUUCCCCUGCCUUCCUUAAUGAAGUAAAACCUCUUAGUUGUCCUGACCUGCAGAGUAGAGAGUCAAUGUCGAAUUUUGCUCUCUUUUUCGCUGUUGCAUCACCCCUUGUGUAAUAAAUUCGAGCACUUCCAAACCCGAAAUGACCACAACUCUGUGGAUGCAUGAGCCAGCUCCCCCUGCCUUUGUUGCUGCCUUCUAAGAGAAGCAAUUUCCUGGUGACUCCAGGACACCCUGAGGGCUUUGAGACCCCACAGCUCUGGUCCAGCUGGUGGAAUGCCCUUAAACUGAGCAAAUAUUGGAGGGAGAGACUGUGUGGGUCAGGAUAAGCAGCCAGACAGCCCCUGGAUGUUGCCUGUGCUGUAAUUCAGCCCAGCUCGAGCCCUGCCAGUGCCCAGGGUGGCAGCAGAUGGCUUUUGUCACAUGUCACAGGGGUGGGGUGAGGUCCCCAGCCCCAUCUGCUCCCACAGCAGGGCUGGAUGGGAGGUGUGGCUGUGCUGGGCUCCAUCCUGGCUGUGCUGAGCCCCUGGCCAGCAGGGCCUGGCUCUGUCCCAGCCCCUGCCUGUCCCCGGUCCCUCUGCGAUGGCCGCGUGUCCCUGGUGCCACUGCCAGGUGGCACAGACACCCGGGGACAGCACGAGGAGCCUGCUGCUGCUGAGCCCUGGGUGCUUUGGAAUGUUCAGGCUCAGGCCUGCCUUUCCUUCGUGCUCCAGAAGGAAAAGCAGCCCCUGAGCCAGCAGCAGGAAGGGAAGGUGGAGAUGGACCCUGGGCUCCAGGAGCCUCAGCUGGGGCAGAGCCCCGGGGAGGUGUUGGCCCCUUCUCCCUGCUCCAGCUUCCAAACCACUGGAAACAGGAGCAAAAUCAGGCUGCAAAGUGGGAAUUUCCUCUGCUGUUCUGCCCUGACACGGUUUGUGACUGCAGGGUGACCCCGGGAGAAAUCUGUCUGAGAUCUGGGUCUCGUUGUUGCAUCUCGCUUAUCUCUAAUCAUCUGUUAAUUGCUUUAAGAAGUGAUCUCCAAGUGAUUCUUAUUAAAUAUCUGGUUUGAGCCUUGACUCUUCAGUGAUUUUCAAAAGAUUCUCUGCUGCUGAGAUACAGAGGCAGUCAUUCCUCUCGUUACUCAUUUAAUAGAAAAGUGCUGCUGUUUUAAUAAAGCUUCCAUUUUUAAAAGAAA